ACUGAAGGCACCGACAAUGAGUUGCAUCUCUACACAACAAACAACGAACGUAUGGACGCCAACUCUGAAGUUGCAAGCCGUAGAAUGUUGGAAGCCAACAAAAAGUACCUGGCGGAGCUGGAUACAAUGCACAACGACGACAACAUCAAAAGGCACCUUUUACCUCAUCUGAACGGUGUGCUGAAACACGCUGUAGCCCAGUGCAAAGCUGUAUCAUCUGUAAUUGCCAACAUAGAGCCAAUGAAACCCAAAAUGAAGAUACACCCAAACCAGAAAUUGCAGCUUCAGCUUCAGCCAAUGAAGAAGGUAAAGAAACGAAAAGCAACUAAAAAAGGUUUCACUGGACCAUCUUCUGAGGACCGAAGGAAAAUACUUAAGACACUACUACAAAGUGAAAGUUAUGAAGAGGAUGAUAACAGAUAUGAUGACCAGACUGUAAUAGAACAGUCAACCAAAGAAGGUGCCAAGCAAGCCUGUACAUAUAGAGGAGAGCAGUCAACCAAAGAAACAAGCACACCAUCCCAUCACAAUCCCAGACAAAAGGCACAAAUACAAUCAGAGCAAGUGUUGAGGAAACAGCGAUCCAGUUUUACCCCACCUUUGUCCUCUGUGAAGAGCCUUGGACAGACUCUGUACAGGCAUGGGCCAUACAAUAUAACAAUGGUUCACCUGAAAUCUUUAGAGACUGAUCUUCCCAUUGAAGAGAAAGAGGCACUGAAUUCACAUGAUGGAAAGUUUGUGACUGGAUGGCUUUAUGAUUCUAUCAUCGAUUCAUUUUUCUACUUGCUAGAAAAUCAGCACGAAAAGAUUCUGUGUGCUUCCUGUACUCUAAUGACAGCUUGUCUUAGUGGCUCAUCUGUGAGGGCAGUGUGGCAAAAUGUGGACAUCACAAGGAAAGAUUUCAUUCUUAUUCCAUGGAAUAGUACAGGUGGGCAUUGGGUACUGAUUGUAGUAGAUGUAAAGAAAGGCGUCAUAAUGUACCUUGACCCAAUGGAAACUGGGUUCACAAAAACAGCAGAAGAAGGAUGUUCCAUUGUGACUCAAUUGCUGCACAUCAAGUUUCCAAAAGGUUUCAACCAUCUUCAAGUGAUGCUUCCAAACAAGACAGGCCAGAAGGAUGGCAGAAGCUGUGGUGUCCUUGUGUGUUUCUACGGGGAGCAGAUAGUGAGAGGUGACAGUCUUACCUCACCCAUCAUAACAAAUGAAUAUAGAAGGAGAAUAUUCCAGAGAGUAUCUAACAAUGCACAGAUAUGACAACCCAAAGCAUUGAAUAAAAAUCAAAACAGCACAAGGGUCAGUUACUUACCCAAGCCUUGAUGCAAAGCGGACUUAUGAUUUACAUUGAUGCUCAACUCGGAGAAACACCAGGAAGGUGUAUGUAGUACCAUCGAUCAAAGAAGCAAACAUGAUCCCAUUAGGAUAAAAGGCAGCAAGGUCACAAAGUAUCGGAGCAAGGUAUAAAAGACAACCUCUAUGCAAUGGCAACCACCAGCUGAACAAGAUAGAGACACAAAAAAUCUCCUUCAUAUGAGCGUCUCCAGGACCAGACAGUCAAAAAAAUGAAUGUACACCAGUACAUUAUCAGAUGGAUGGGAUCGGGAGACAAGGAUAUGAAGUCUGUUUAUGAAAAGGUGAAAGAAAUAACACUGGAGAAAGGCCUGUAGAUUUAUGAAAACAGCCAAGGUCAGUAUUUCAACACAAAGAUAUCUACAAGUUGUCUUGCUCAUCCUCUGGUGGCCUGAAACAAGUAAUCAGAAUGACCGAAUCUGCAUAAACCUCAAGGGCCCGAAAAGAUGUCAAGGUCAUCAGCGGUGCUGUUGCAGGUAGUUGCCAUCACCCAUAACUGAAACUAAAACAGCAAGCAAGGACAAACAUGUUGAAGACAAGGACUGGGAAGUGCUAAUAGAUGGAAGAGACAAGCUUGAUGGAUGAACAGACCACUUUGAUGAACAUUCAACAGACCCCUUCCAAAGUUCAAAGAAGACAAUGGUGCAAAUGAUACUUACCUUACCUUGAGCUAGCUACAACAAUGAACCUCCAUUGCAACAUAUGUUCCAUCAGAGACUUUGAUUGUCAGUUAAGUUCAAUAAAAACAAAUCUGUAAAUAGGGUUUAUGAAAAGGGGAAACAUGAUCUUAUCACCAUGAGAGGUAACAAAGGGAAAUUGUUAAUUCCAACUUCUAAUUGUUGUGGUUUUGAGGACAUCCUAUAGGUCCAACUUAAAAUGAUCAUCAAGAUCCAGGAUGUAAAUAUGUAUUUAAAGAUGUAGAUACUGGACAUGUAUAAAGAAGUCAGCUCAGCUGCCAUGACAAUCACGGACUGUGUUAUGUGAUAUAUGCUAUAAGGAAAGUAGUCCAUGGCUACAUCCCCACAAGCAUUAAUACUGUCCCACUUUUUACGUAACGAAACCAGUUAAACUUAAGAAUACAUACUGGUGCAUCCCCCGUUGGUGGACAAAGAAAAAAACCCUACAUGUGUUUAUCAUGGUUAUUGGGCAAAGAAAACUGACGCAUAAGCUAACUUACCUGCCCCCCCACGCAAAAUAAUCACACCUAUCUCAUCUGUACAAUGUCUCACCUGGCCCACACGCAAAAUAAACACACCUAUCUCACCUGUUUAAUGUCUCACCUGGCCCCUAGGCAAAGUAAACAUACCUAUCUCACCUGUACAUUGUCUCACCUGGCCCCCACGCAAAAUAAACACACCUAUCUCACCUGUUCAAUGUCUCACCUGGCCCAUAGGCUAUCUAAACACACCUUUCCACCUGUACAAUGUCUCACCUGGCCUCCACGCAAAAUAAACACACCUAUCUCACCUGUUUAAUGUCUCACCUGGCCCCUAUUCAAAGUAAACACACCUAUCGUAUAUGUGCAAUGUCUCACCUGGCCCCUACUCAAAAAAGUCACACCGAUCCACCUGUACAGUGUCUCACCUGGCCCCUAUUCAAAGUAAACACACCUAUCUCACCUAUACAAUGUCUCACCUGGCUCUAGUCAAAGUAAACACACCUAUCUCACCUGUACCAUGCCUCACCUGGCCUCAAUUAAGUAAACAAAACUAUAUCACCUGCACAAUGUCCCACCUGGCCCCUAGGCAAAGUAAACAAACCUAUCUCACUUGUACAGUGCCUCACUUGGUCCCUAGGCAAAGUAAACACACCUAUCUCACCUGUACAAUGUCUCACCUGGUCCCUAUUCAAGGUAAACACACCUAUCUCACCUCUACAAUAUCCCACCUGAUCCCUAUUCAAAGUAAACAAACCUAUCUCACUUGUACAGCGUCUCACCUGACCCCUAGUCAAAGUAAACACAACUAUCUCACCUGCACAAUGUCCCACCUGGGCCCUA